AUGGGGAACGACAACCUGACCCCGAUAUAUUAUAUCAGAAAAGCACUAAAAGAAGCGGAAUUACGCUACUCACCAACAGAAAAUGCGUGUCUCCCUUUGGUGCUGGCGGCACAGAAACUGAGACAUUACCUACUGGCACAUCAAACAGAGCUCGGAGUUAAAAAUAUUGAAGUCAAGGGCAACUCUCAUCUACUAAUACAACAAACUUUAAGAGAAUUCAAUGUCAAAGAACCGUCUUUAGCUGCGUACAGAGAUAAAGCCCAGAGGUUAAUCGUAGAAUUCGAUAGUGUGUCACUAGAUCACAGGGGCAGAGCCUCCAAUAAGCAUGUUGACGCGUUAUCCAUGCUAGCGUCCAGCUUACAAAUGCUAAAUGUGGCCGAAGAAACCAUCAUGGUAACUAAUAAUACAAUACCAUCAACCUGGUUCGAAGACAUCAUUUUCGAAAAUGAGAACGACUGGCGACGUCCAAUUCUAAAAGACCUUAAACAACAACCUGAAGACCUCCAACUACCAUGGAAAACCCUGUGCAAAUACAAAAUCAUUGAUGGGAGUUUAUACUUUAUCACCACCGGGGGAAUCUUGUGUAGAUGUGUGGGCACCGAUGAGGAGAAAAAAUUACUACACCGAAUCCAUGAACGCACUUGUGGGUUCGGGCUCGAAAUACCAUUGCAAAGGAGAAUUCAACGAGAUGGCUUUUAUUGGCCAGAUAUGGUGCAACAAGCCCAAAACCUGCAAGACAAUUGUGGAACCUGUCAAGGAGCUCCAUUACACGAAGAAUCCUUCAUGCUUGACGAAGAAGAUUGGAAAGCAGCUAAGAGACUAGAAAAGAGAGCUCGGAAAUUUUUCGUCAUUGAUGGAGAACUUUUCCGAAGAAGCUUUAACCAAAAAACACUAAAAUGUGUAGAUACAGCGAAUGCCACCCGCAUAAUGGAAGUAAGCCACGAUGUGGAGCAUCAAGGAAAGGCAAGACUUUUCACUCAAAUCCAUGAUGCAGGAUAUUAUUGGCUAACGAUGGAAACCGACAUCACGGAAUAUGUACAAAGAAUUCCCAUGUACAUCAUUUCCGACAAUGGUACACCCUUCGUAAAUAGUGAUGUGAAGAAACUCCUAGAGGCCUUCCGAAUCAGGCAUAAGGUAUCGACUCCCUACUACCCACAAGGAAAUGGACAGGCAGAGUCCACGAACAAAUCAUUACUCCGAAUUCUGAGCAGAAGCCUCUACGACAAUAAAAGGGUGUGGCAUGAAGAACUCCCGCUUGCACUAAUGGCAUAUCGAAUUGCUAAACGAACAUCCACAGGGUUUUCACCCUACAGCCUGGUCUACGGGGAAGACGCUAUCAUACCGGAAGAAUUAAUCAUAGCUUCAUCAAGGAUACUAUCAGCAAGCGGAAUCGACCUCGAUAGUCAACGCGUUCGAUCACUCGACAUGAUAGAUGAACGUCGGGAUAUCGCCGAAAGAAGGUCAUGGAAGUAUCGUGAUCGGCGUGUGAGAUUUUACAAUCGGCAUGUCAAAGAAAGGCAUUUCGAGAAUGGGGAGCUAGUGCUCGCUGUAGUCUCACAUGUUCAACGAGAAGGCAGUGCCGGUAAAUUUGCCCCAAAUUGGGAAGAACCUUUCCAAUACGUAAAGUUGGGGGGUCUGGAUACUACAAGCUCGAACACGCUGAUGGCUCCAAGAUCAAAGGCAAACGAAAUUCCAAACUUAAUGGAAUCUGGCUGA